CGGGGAGGGCGUGUGCGCGCGCGUGUGCCGGGGCCGGGGGGCCAGGCCGCCAUAUUGGAUUCGGACUAGUCCGCGAGCCUCCGCCUGCGUGCGGCGGGACUGGAGGAGCCUCGCGGAGCCGAGGGCGCGAGCGCGAGAGGAGAGGGAAGGCGGGGGAGGUUUAAGAGAGAGAGGAAGGGAGUGGUUGGGAGCUGGGCUGCGGCAGUCUCUGGUCUCCUCAGCCGCGGCGGCGACCCCUCCUCCAGCGCCUCGGCCGCCUCCUUCCUCGCUGAGGAAAGAUGCCCUUAGCCCAGGGGUGUGAAGAAGGGGGAGAAGUAGCUGCCGGAGCCGCCCGCGCCGCCACCGCAGCUGCGGCCGCCCGUGUCCUUUGAAUUCAGAAGAGCACCCCCCCUCGCCUGGGGCGUCGGGAGCCUCCGGAGCGGCGGCCGCGGUGCGGGUGUAGGGGAGACCGGGCUCUCUGCCCCGCGCGGCGCGGCCCACAAGCGACCACCGACAUGGAGCGGGCUCGGGCGGCCAAGUAGCCGCUGCUCCGGAGCCGGUGCCAGUGCCGCCCGCAGCCCGCCUUCCACCCCCGGCCGCGCAGCCGGUCAGGCCCCUGGGAGAAGCCGGGAGGAAAAUGAAGAGUUUUCACCGGAAUCUGUUGAAAAUAGGACUAACUGCAAAGCCUUAAAAAAGAAAGACCUCGGAGGGAGAAACGAAAAGCCUCCUCCGGGCAAGACUUGGCGUGCUCCAAGCCGAGGGGCUGCUUCAGGGACCUUGCCCCCUCCCUUUCCCGCUGGAGAAAUUGCCGCUGAUGAAUUAUCCAAGUGGUGGUUGGGAGGAUUUGCAGCAACAUUUUGGUUUUCCCUCCCCUUUCUAUGCAUUCUGUUUUUUUCCUCCCUUUUCUGUUUUUCUUCUUCCCGGGAAAUGAAUUGCUGAUGCAAAUAGGACUUUAUUCAUUAAUGAUGCAACCGGAUUCGUUUCAGGAUUACGUUGCACGAGUUGAAUUUUGAAUGAAGAGUUGUUUUUUUUUAAAGAAGUGUUGACUCUUUAGUUUGUUGUACUUUUAAUUAUUAUUUUAUUUAAAUAUACGAUUUAAUUGUAUUAUUCUUUUGAAAUGCAUUAAGUAUAUAUUUUAUGGUAAUUUACCCUCAAAAUAUGAGGGUGAAAUUGAAGACGCUUCAGUUAAGUGAGGUUACUGGUGUGUUGGAUGUUUAAUUCAGCACCAGCAUUGCAUGACAGUUGUUUGAAUAAGUGGUUUGUUUUUAAAACCACAUCUUUUAAAAUUUAGGUUCAGAUAAUAAGAGUACAAAUCAUCAUAAUAAUUUAAAGGAAAACCAGCAGAAACCGAAGCAAACAUGUCUGGAGAAGUGCGUUUGAGGCAGUUGGAGCAGUUUAUUUUGGACGGGCCCGCUCAGACCAAUGGGCAGUGCUUCAGUGUGGAGACAUUACUGGAUAUACUCAUCUGCCUUUAUGAUGAAUGCAAUAAUUCUCCAUUGAGAAGAGAGAAGAACAUUCUCGAAUACCUAGAAUGGGCUAAACCAUUUACUUCUAAAGUGAAACAAAUGAGAUUACAUAGAGAAGACUUUGAAAUAUUAAAGGUGAUUGGUCGAGGAGCUUUUGGGGAGGUUGCUGUAGUAAAGCUAAAAAAUGCAGAUAAAGUAUUUGCCAUGAAAAUAUUGAAUAAAUGGGAAAUGCUGAAAAGAGCUGAGACAGCAUGUUUUCGUGAAGAAAGGGAUGUAUUAGUGAAUGGAGACAAUAAAUGGAUUACAACCUUGCACUAUGCUUUCCAGGAUGACAAUAACUUAUACCUGGUUAUGGAUUAUUAUGUUGGUGGGGAUUUGCUUACUCUACUCAGCAAAUUUGAAGAUAGAUUACCUGAAGAUAUGGCUCGAUUUUACUUGGCUGAGAUGGUGAUAGCAAUUGACUCAGUUCAUCAGCUACAUUAUGUACACAGAGACAUUAAACCUGACAAUAUAUUGAUGGAUAUGAAUGGACACAUUCGGUUAGCAGAUUUUGGUUCUUGUCUGAAGCUGAUGGAAGAUGGAACGGUUCAGUCCUCAGUGGCUGUAGGAACCCCAGAUUAUAUAUCUCCUGAAAUCCUUCAAGCAAUGGAAGAUGGAAAAGGCCGAUAUGGACCUGAAUGUGACUGGUGGUCUCUGGGGGUCUGUAUGUAUGAAAUGCUUUAUGGAGAAACACCAUUUUAUGCAGAAUCUCUGGUGGAGACAUAUGGAAAAAUCAUGAAUCACAAAGAGAGGUUUCAGUUUCCAGCCCAAGUGACUGAUGUGUCUGAAAAUGCUAAGGAUCUUAUUCGAAGGCUCAUUUGUAGCAGAGAACAUCGUCUUGGUCAAAAUGGAAUAGAAGACUUUAAGAAGCACCCAUUUUUCAGUGAAAUUGAUUGGGAUAAUAUUCGGAACUGUGAAGCACCUUAUAUUCCAGAAGUUAGUAGCCCAACAGAUACAUCAAAUUUUGAUGUAGACGAUGAUUGUUUAAAAAAUUCUGAAACGAUGCCCCCACCAACACAUACUGCAUUUUCUGGCCACCAUCUGCCAUUUGUUGGUUUUACAUAUACUAGUAGCUGUGUACUUUCUGAUCGGAGCUGUUUAAGAGUUACAGCUGGUCCCACCUCACUGGAUCUUGAUGCUAAUGUUCAGAGGACUCUAGACAACAACUUAGCAACAGAAGCUUAUGAAAGAAGAAUUAAGCGUCUUGAGCAAGAAAAACUUGAACUUACUAGAAAACUUCAAGAGUCAACACAGACUGUCCAAGCUCUGCAGUAUUCAACUGUUGAUGGUCCACUAACAGCAAGCAAAGAUUUAGAAAUAAAAAACUUAAAAGAAGAAAUUGAAAAACUAAGGAAACAAGUAACAGAGUCGAGUCAUUUGGAACAGCAACUUGAAGAAGCUAAUGCUGCGAGGCAAGAACUAGAUGAUGCUUUUAGACAAAUCAAGGCUUAUGAAAAACAAAUCAAAACAUUACAACAAGAAAGGGAAGAUCUAAAUAAGGAACUAGUCCAGGCUAGUGAGCGAUUAAAAAACCAAUCCAAAGAGCUGAAAGACGCACACUGUCAGAGGAAACUGGCCAUGCAGGAAUUCAUGGAGAUCAAUGAGCGGCUAACAGAAUUGCACACCCAAAAACAGAAACUUGCUCGCCAUGUCCGAGAUAAGGAAGAAGAGGUGGAUCUGGUGAUGCAAAAAGUUGAAAGCUUAAGGCAAGAACUGCGCAGAACAGAAAGAGCCAAAAAAGAGCUGGAAGUUCAUACAGAAGCUCUAGCUGCGGAAGUAUCUAAAGACAGGAAACUACGUGAACAGAGUGAGCACUAUUCUAAGCAACUGGAAAAUGAAUUGGAGGGACUGAAGCAAAAACAAAUUAGUUACUCACCAGGAGUAUGCAGCAUAGAACAUCAGCAAGAGAUAACCAAACUAAAGACUGAUUUGGAAAAGAAAAGUAUUUUUUAUGAAGAAGAAUUAUCUAAAAGAGAAGGAAUACAUGCAAAUGAAAUAAAAAAUCUUAAGAAAGAACUGCAUGAUUCAGAAGGUCAGCAACUUGCUCUCAACAAAGAAAUUAUGAUUUUAAAAGACAAAUUGGAAAAAAACAGGAGAGAAAGUCAAAGCGAAAGGGAAGAAUUUGAAAGUGAGUUCAAACAACAGUAUGAACGAGAAAAAGUGUUGUUAACUGAAGAAAAUAAAAAGCUGACAAGUGAACUUGAUAAGCUUACUAUUUUGUAUGAGAACUUAAGCAUACACAACCAGCAGUUGGAAGAAGAAGUUAAAGAUCUAGCAGACAAGAAAGAAUCAGUUGCACAUUGGGAAGCCCAAAUCACAGAAAUAAUUCAGUGGGUCAGCGAUGAAAAGGAUGCACGAGGGUAUCUUCAGGCCUUAGCUUCUAAAAUGACUGAAGAAUUGGAAGCAUUAAGAAAUUCCAGCUUGGGUACACGAGCAACAGAUAUGCCCUGGAAAAUGCGUCGUUUUGCAAAACUGGAUAUGUCAGCUAGACUGGAGUUGCAGUCGGCUCUGGAUGCAGAAAUAAGAGCCAAACAGGCUAUCCAAGAAGAGUUGAAUAAAGUUAAAGCAUCUAACAUCAUAACAGAAUGUAAACUAAAAGAUUCAGAGAAGAAGAACUUGGAACUACUCUCAGAAAUUGAACAACUGAUAAAGGACACUGAAGAGCUUAGAUCUGAAAAGGGUAUAGAGCACCAAGACUCACAGCAUUCUUUCUUGGCAUUUUUGAAUACGCCUACCGAUGCUCUGGAUCAAUUUGAAGAUUCCUUUUCUUCUUCCUCAUCUUCACUGAUUGAUUUUUUGGAUGACCGCUCUCCAUCCUGUACUCCAGCUAGCAAAGGCAGACGUACUGAUCCCGUUGAGAACACAUAUGUAUGGAACCCGAGCGUCAAGUUUCACAUCCAGUCACGGUCCACAUCUCCUUCCACAUCUAGUGAAGCUGAGCCAGUUAAGACUGUAGACUCUACUCCACUUCCAGUUCACACACCAACCUUAAAGAAAAAAGGAUGUCCUGGUUCAACUGGCUUUCCACCUAAGCGCAAGACUCACCAGUUUUUUGUAAAAUCUUUUACUACUCCUACCAAGUGUCAUCAGUGUACCUCUUUGAUGGUGGGUUUAAUAAGACAGGGCUGUUCAUGUGAAGUGUGUGGAUUCUCGUGCCAUAUAACUUGUGUAAACAAAGCUCCAACCACUUGUCCAGUUCCUCCUGAACAGACAAAAGGUCCCCUGGGUAUAGAUCCUCAGAAAGGAAUAGGAACAGCAUAUGAAGGUCAUGUCAGAAUUCCUAAGCCAGCUGGAGUGAAGAAAGGAUGGCAAAGAGCAUUGGCUGUAGUGUGUGACUUCAAAGUCUUUCUGUACGAUAUUACUGAAGGAAAAGCAUCUCAGCCCAGUGCUGUCAUUAGUCAAGUGAUUGACAUGAGGGAUGAAGAAUUUUCUGUGAGUUCAGUCUUAGCCUCUGAUGUUAUCCAUGCAAGUCGAAAAGAUAUACCCUGUAUAUUUAGAGUCACAGCUUCCCAGCUUUCAGCAUCUAAUAACAAAUGUUCAAUCCUGAUGCUAGCAGACAGUGAGAAUGAGAAGAGCAAAUGGGUGGGAGUGCUGAGUGAAUUGCACAAGAUUUUGAAGAAAAACAAAUUCAGAGACCGCUCAGUCUAUGUUCCCAAAGAGGCUUAUGACAGCACUCUACCCCUCAUUAAAACAACCCAGGCAGCUGUAAUCAUAGAUCAUGAAAGGAUUGCUUUGGGAAAUGAAGAAGGGUUAUUUGUUGUACAUGUCACCAAAGAUGAAAUUAUUAGAGUUGGUGACAAUAAGAAGAUUCAUCAGAUUGAACUCAUUCCAAAUGAUCAGCUUGUUGCUGUUAUCUCAGGACGAAAUCGUCAUGUACGACUUUUUCCUAUGUCAGCUUUGGAUGGGCGAGAGACUGAUUUUUACAAGCUGGCAGAAACUAAAGGGUGUCAAACCAUAGCAUCUGGAAGGGUGCGCCAUGGAGCUCUCACAUGCCUGUGUGUGGCUAUGAAAAGGCAGGUCCUCUGUUAUGAACUACUUCAGAGCAAGACCCGUCACAGAAAAUUUAAGGAAAUUCAAGUCCCAUAUAAUGUCCAGUGGAUGGCAAUCUUCAGUGAACAACUGUGUGUGGGAUUCCAGUCAGGAUUUCUAAGAUACCCCUUGAAUGGAGAAGGAAGUCCAUACAGUAUGCUCCAUUCAAAUGACCAUACACUAUCAUUUAUUGCACAUCAACCAAUGGAUGCUAUCUGCGCAGUUGAGAUCUCCAGUAAAGAAUAUCUGCUGUGUUUUAACAGCAUUGGGGUAUACACUGACUGCCAGGGCCGAAGAUCUAGACAACAAGAAUUGAUGUGGCCAGCAAAUCCUUCCUCUUGUUGUUACAACGCACCAUAUCUCUCAGUGUACAGUGAAAAUGCAGUUGAUAUCUUUGAUGUGAACUCAAUGGAAUGGAUUCAGACUCUUCCUCUCAAAAAGGUUCGACCCUUAAACAAUGAAGGAUCAUUAAAUCUUUUAGGGUUGGAGACCAUUAGAUUAAUAUAUUUCAAAAAUAAGAUGGCAGAAGGGGAUGAACUGGUAGUUCCUGAAACAUCAGAUAAUAGUCGGAAACAAAUGGUUAGAAAUAUUAACAAUAAGCGGCGUUAUUCCUUCAGAGUUCCAGAAGAGGAAAGGAUGCAGCAGAGGAGGGAGAUGCUACGAGAUCCAGAAAUGAGAAAUAAAUUAAUUUCUAAUCCAACUAAUUUUAACCACAUAGCACACAUGGGUCCUGGAGAUGGAAUACAGAUCCUAAAAGACCUUCCCAUGCCAGGUUUCCCUUAUCCAUCCCCUCAUCAUCACUCCGGUCUGAUCUCCUCUCCGAUCAACUUUGAACACAUCUAUCACAUGACUGUUAAUUCUGCUGAAAAAUUUCUCUCUCCUGAUUCCAUAAACCCUGAAUAUUCCCCGUCUCUGCGCUCUGUCCCUGGUACACCAAGCUUUAUGACUCUGAGGAACCCUCGGCCUCAGGAAAAUCGGACAGUAUUCAGUGGCUCAGUCAGUAUUCCAUCUAUCACCAAAUCCCGCCCUGAGCCAGGCCGCUCCAUGAGUGCUAGCAGUGGCCUGUCAGCAAGGUCAUCCGCACAGAAUGGCAGCGCAUUAAAGAGGGAAUUCUCUGGAGGAAGCUACAAUGCCAAGCGGCAGCCCAUGCCCUCCCCAUCAGAGGGCUCUUUGUCCUCCGGAGGCAUGGACCAAGGAAGUGAUGCCCCAGCGAGGGACUUCGAUGGAGAGGACUCUGACUCUCCAAGGCAUUCCACGGCUUCCAACAGUUCCAACCUGAGCAGCCCCCCAAGCCCAGUUUCACCCCGAAAGACCAAGAGCCUCUCUCUGGAGAGCACUGACCGCGGGAGCUGGGACCCGUGAGUUGCCUCAGCACCGGGACCUCUCGCUCUCCACUCCCUGCCACUUGCCUCCUCUCACUUUCAUCUCUUCCCUCCACCUCGGCCUGAAAGCCACCAGGGGCUGGCAGCAGUAGCAGGACAGGGAUUCAGAAGUUCUGACAACCUGACUCUCAGAUCCAUGCCCCCAGCCUAACAGCAACAGCAAAGAUAGACUUUCCAUAGCAGCUUAGAUUUAACAUUGAUUUCAUUCCAUGCACUUAGAGUUGCUUUCAGUAACAUUUUAUUCCUCCCCCAAAGGUAGCUUAAAUAGACGGAUUACACAAAUGUAAGUGAUAAGAAUAAGAUUAGACAGAUUUUGUUUUCACAGUAGAGUCUCAUUAUAGUCCCAAUUCUCUGCAUCCAAAGGGGAGAAUCCAUCCCUGGAGUGGCUCACCAAGCUCUUGUACUCAGCAACCACGGUGAGAGUCAACCUGAUUGUUGCCAGGAAAUCCUUAUGAAUUAAAACAAUGCAUAUUUUACUACAAUACAGAGUUUAAAUGAAUACAUAAAUGUCGAAGUUAAAUACUGAAUGUAUAUAGUCAAAAGAAGCCUCUUGUAUUCAACAAAAGAUGGAUGCAUAUAUAAGAGAGAUGAUUUAAUUUAAAGAAAUGUGUUGUUUCUUGUCUGUCUCCCAGCUAAGUAAUGUAAAGGGUAGAAAGGCCUCAAGCUCACAUUUUUAGAGGGAGAGGAGAGGUCCCUUUAUUGCCCUGUCCUCAAACUGGUCGUAGGCUCCAGUCACCUGGGGAGCUUUAGAAGACAUUUGCAGACCCUGGUUUUGCUGUUCCAGAGUGUGGGCUGGGCACCAAACAUUUGCAGCCACUUCAGCAGCAGCAGCAAAAGGCUAACUCCUCUCUACCCAAGACGUCUCUUUUCCUAGUGGUAGAAUUUGAACGCUUCUCACUUUUUAUUGUACUUUGUCUUCCUCAGAUAAAUGUAGAAAUAUAUGAUUCUACACCUGAUCCCUUCCAUCUGAAAGGGUACAAGGAGUGUUGUAGCUUUUGAAGAUCCAGAAAACAGUUUCUAAAAGUGCUUUUAUUCCUGGUAUAAUCCUGUCCCUCCCUAAGUCACAGUAAAGUGUCCAUCCCAGGGCUGGAGACGCUUCCCAAGGAGGAGUCCAUUUUGUUGAGGGUGGCUGUGAGUUUCUUCAGAUAAGCCUGGGGAAGAAAGAAAGGCUUUUAUUACCAAAUAAUGUAAAACCUCAAAAGCAAGGGCUUGAACAGCCUUAACCAAAUAUUCCCCUUAGCCAGUGGAAAAUGGAUGGGACAACCCCAGUGCACAGGCCAGGGUGAACCCAGCGUGGCGCUCAGGCUGGGUUCUCUUGGGUGCUGGAUUGUGGUGGUAGUGGCAUUUCCAGCUGGAUUCCUCCUGUUGAAGUUGCCAUAAGGAAGUGAGAUGCAGAACCAGCAGUCUAUUCUACAGAGUCAUUUUACCAGUUAAGCACACAAGUAGAGAAAGAGAUAAAAAUAAAAAUAUCUCAUGGAAGGGAAGAGAUUUUGCCACUUUCACUUUUCGCUUAAGUUUCUCUGAGAAAUAGAGACAGGAGUCUGUCUUUAAAAUUCAGCAAAAAUGAAGAGUUUUCCUGCGGUUGCUAACUUGGGUUGCAGUGUUUAAGGCCAUCAUUUCACUGCUGCUGUGACUCCACCUCUGUGUCACUGGCAGCAGCCCAUGCUGGCCUGCAGCAUGUGCAGAGAGCUGAGGCUGUUUCCAGAUGAUGCUGCUCUAUGGAGAAGGUUCUGAGAUGCAGCAGGGGAAGAAAGAUCCUGCUGGGCAUUCCAUUGCAAGCGCCUAUAAUCAGGAAUUUUCAUAUAACAGCUUUGACAUUUAAACAUUCUGGGUUUGGUGCCAGCUCAGAUUUGAUUAUACUUUAUUUUGGAUAGGUGUAAUUCACUGCACAGUUCUGAUCGCCAAAAUCUUUCUGCUUUUUGGAAAGAAGUAUAAAAAUACUUUUGUCACCUGAAUACCAAGGGUUGGGCCUGUAGUUGGGUCACUGUCAUAUGUCUUGGUAGAUCCUUGCCCUCGUCACUCCACGUGAGAGAAGGGGGUCUGCUGGGUGCUUGUGACCAGCUCACACCCCUCCUCUCCACCCUCCCUUCCUCUCUUUCCCACUCUCCCCAACCUCCGUAUCCUCCUCUUUCCUUUCCCCUUGCCUUUUCCUCUCUCCUUUUUCUUCUCGGGCAGGGAGGAGGCCAUCUCAAGCCAAGAUUAACAGGACCCAACAUAAGCCAUUACUUUGUAGCUUUGACGAGUAAUUGUGAAUUUUUGUUGCCUAUAGGUGCUUAUUUUUCAAAGGAUGCUUUUGGGAUCAAAAUAUAACCCUACCGAAAGUCUAGGCUCCAAUGCAACGGGUCAUACUCUUCAACCUCCCAACAGGGCAGAUGAGAGAGAGCUACCGAGGCUUGUCUUGGUUGCCAGGCUAACUGGGUGGCUUGUCCAUAUUCACCCGUGGAUUGCCCCACAGUUCUCUUUGAUUUUUCCACUGCAAUGGCAGAUAAUCUCUUCUGUUGUAAUAGAGCAUUUCCAAACGUGCAGGCUCUAAAAGCAAGGCUUUAGGGGAGAAACACUACCAAGGGUAAUAGUUUUGGGGAGGUUUUUCCCACAACAAUGAUUAUCCUACUGGCUUUAUCCCACCCUUAAAUAUGAAGCCUGUUACCUCCAGAAGCUUCUGAGAAUGAUUUGAAAAGACAGAGUGGGUUCCAGAGGAAAAAAACAUAAUGACCAUUCAGAGGCGUCAGUAACAGCUCACAGAAAAGCUGUUUUAUUACUAUCUGAAGUCAUCUUUUGUUUUCAUGCCAGACGUUUUAAAACUUUAUAUGGCAGCAGGAACUUGUUUCUCAAUGGAAACAUACAUGCAGAGGCAUUUCUGGGAUAGUCUAUCUGCGUUAGUAUUUGGUGCUAUCUAUGUCCAGCCAAGUUAUCUACCCUUGAAUUCUAACUAAUCAUGUUUUGUGCUUUGGUGUUUAAAAUUACAUACAUAUAUAUAUAUAUUUCUUUUUGCCAAAAACAAAAGGCUUGCUCCUUGUCAAAUGAUUGCUAAAGUAGAUCUUACAUUUUUUGUUAUAUGUAUUUAUACACACCCCCAACACACUUGGUGAUUUAUGUUAUUUCCCAGGGAGGGCAGCUUUAAGGCUAUGAGAUACAACUAAAAAGGGCCCAGCUAUUUGGUUUUCCAGCCAAUUAUUGUACCCAAGCUUCAGGGAAGAAUCUGAAAUUCCUGUCUUGUUUACAGCAACAAUCUGUCAUUCCUGGCUGGCUCUCAGCCUCUCUCUUUCCAUAGGUUAUAGAAUUAUGUCAUUUUGUUACUUAGCGGCCACAUCUGUUUCUGAGAAAAACUGGUUACAUUUAUGUGGCAUCUCAGGUAUCAUUAAGGAAAAGCCAGAGCAGGGGUGAGCAGACGUCAAAAGCACGGACACAGCAGGGCCAUUUGCCGCCUUUGGCUAGGAUCACAAGCACUGCGGUCUCCCAGCAGGUGGGCCUUGCCAAGCCUAAGGCUCCCCAUCCACUCUAGACAGAGGGGUACUCAGAGCAGCCAGGCGCUCCUGCCAGACUGUGCCGUAGCGCACAUCCGCUGAGCACAAAGGGUUGAAUUGGGCACUCCACUCCCCACUCUCUCUGGCCCAGCCCUGAACUAGAUGAGCUGCAUUUCAUUGAGCCCAUUUUAAAACCUCUUUCCUUGUUGUGACUUAUUGCUACCCAAGUCCAGAGUUCUCUGUGCACUCCUGCUAGAUAAGGAGGCCUCCCUCUUCGGAGUGCAGGCUCCCACCCAGCACCGGCAGCAGGCUGGGCACCCCUCCCUACACACGACACCAGUGCAGGUCUGGGGGAAGCUGACUCCAGUCAACCUUGAAAUCUCAUGAAAACAAAAUGACUUGCCUUUUUAUUUGAUAGUGUAAUAUCAUUUUAUACAUUUUUUAGGGUUUUUCUUGUAAUAUUGUACAGUUUUGCAUGGCCUGGUGUGAUCAUUUUUUGGUUAGAAUAUAAUGCUGACAAAUAUGUGUGACAGAGGGGGAAAGAGAUAUUGCUUUAGCCUGUCACUCAUUAUUUUUUGUUUGGUUUUUGCCCUCAAUGUGUUAGGGAACUUUAUAAAGCGAUCCUCUGCUACCAAACAAUGAUGUGGAUUCUUUUGCACAGAAAUAUUUAAGGUGGGAUAGUAAAAAUGUCACGAAAGACUCCUCACCAAUAUUUUAUGUUGAUAUCACUUAAUAUUAACCAGACUUUGAUGUAUUGCAAUAAAACAGAGAACUGUUA